AUGGCCUGGUGCACUGUGGGCUACCACGCUGUUGAGGAGAGCAUCUAUGAGGGCUUGGUCGAAAAAGAUUGCUCAGGUGUGUGGUUGACGCAGAUCAAGCCCAUGCAGUGGCACCACACCCCUUUGGCAGCCAUUUCCCAGACCAAGAAAUCAACUGCUCGCAAGCUUGGGGCUGCUUUGUCCAACACUCUGUCUGGAGAGAGAGGAUCCGGAACCAAACCCGGAAAGUCUCGCUCCCACGUGCAGGCACAAGUUGCCUUGGCAAUGGAACGCCCCAACUACAUCGUGUUCAGCCUGAAGACGAAAGAGAACAUUGCUGACAUGUGUGGCAAGAAAAUUCUUCAUCCAUUGCCCGAAGGCCUUGGUUUCGAGAUGACCAAACCCUUUGACUUGUUUGAGCCAUUGCUGCUGCCUGGCGAGUGGCCCAUGACAAUCCAGCCUACGCUCCUCGAGUCCGGCAAGGGUGUGUGGGAUGGCACAGCUUUCUGGUAUUCAGAUGCCUCCGAGUAUGUCCCUGCCAACUCAAAACUGCCACUCCAAGCAUUCUCUCCACGGCCAAAGCCCUUUGCCUACUACAUUGCCUUGCCAGCUGCAGAUUCAGGGACGCCUUUACAGCAUGCUUUGAACACUGUGCGGGCAACACCCCUUUUGAAGCUGCUCAUCCUCAAUGAGCCAAGUGAUGCAAUGCGCAAGCACCUGUUCUCAUUCCAGGAACAUCCAGAAGGCUGUCAAGGCUUCAUUCCUGUGACUGCAAGCCCAUCCACGGCUAUGACAUUAGCCUUCUUUGCUUUCAAGCCAGACGCAGAGAAUGACUUUCAAUCCAAGCAGCUCCAAUUGCACAAGCUCCAGACCGAUUCUUUGCCGGGAGGGAACGCUCCCCACCAGCAUGUGCUGUGCUCGUUCUGGAUGGUCAACAGCGAAACCAUUGCCAAGCAGAUUGAAGAAGGCAAGGCCUCUUUGCAGACACAGUCCUGGCAGAUGACUGUCAGCCAAACAGCAGAAUGGAAGCACCAUGCCACCACAGUCAUCGCCCACAAAAAGGCACGCCUCGAAAAUCGUAAGCGCAGGCUGACAGAUGAGGCGAGCUCUUUGGAGAGUGAUUUGCAAAGUCUCAAGAUGCAAUUGAACGUGGUGUCUGAACAGCUGAUCAAGAUUGAGAAGAAUGAGACACAGGAUCCUUUCACUCCAGAAACAGAGCAUGACAGCACA